GUUUUUCUGACAAGUGGGUGAUAGCUGCCUGACAUUUCUCUUUUGAUAAUUUCAGUGAACUAUGUCCGUGGAGCACAUUAUUCGCUCUUGUAAAUGAAACGAUAAUACAUGCGUCAUUCAUUAAUAUAGUUAACGCGUGACGAGAACGCAUUCGCAAUCCGGCAAAUAUAUGCACCAUAGGAUACGCAGUGGCUAUCGGCAAAAUGAUCAAAACAGGAGAGGAUAACCUAAGGCAUCUUCACUAUGAACAAACAGUAGAGUUUAGUGGACAAGAAGAUCAACAUUCGGUAGAAUUAUAUAGUAAUAAUGUUACCAUUGUUCCUUCACCCGGGGGACAUAAUCAUGGUAGUUCAAAAGUAAAACUGAAAAACAUUGUUGAUUUUACCUGGGAACACAAUUUUUAUGCAGGACAAUUACUGGCUGUUCAUAUGUCUGGAAAGUAUUUAGCUUAUGGAAUAAAAGUUGGUAAUGGAGGAGGUAUGGUAAGGGUUGUAUACAAAGAAUUGGAACAAAGGGCACUAUUGAGAGGAAUGAGAGCAGCAAUACAAGAUCUGGCUUUUGCACAUAUUUCAAACGCAAUUUUAGCAUGUGUUGACUACUUGGGAAACCUUUUUAUACACACCAUUGAAUCAACACCGUCUGAACUUUUGUGUAGUUUGUUGUUGCAAGUAGAUGCAGAAGAUAUAACUGGUACCAGUCAUCGUGUGAUAUGGUGUCCUUAUAUUCCGGAAGAUGUGCCAUCCGAGGAUGAUGGUUAUUUGCCAUCUGGAGAUGAAAUUUCAAAACUGUUAAUUUUAACUCGUGGCUCCAAAGUAGAGUUGUGGUCAGUUAAUACUGUUACAUCAAGAUUCAGAUCAAUAGAGGCAACUGAUCCAGCUGUUAAGGAAAAUGGAGGCAUGUUGGAAAUUUAUCAACAUUCUGACACGAUCAUUGAAGCAACAUUAAGUCCUGAUGGCACCGCUUUAGCUACAGCUAGUUUUGAUGGAGAGGUGAAGUUCUUUCAGGUUUAUUUGCAUACUAUUGUUCAUGGUAAUCAAACACAACCACGUUGUUUACAUCAAUGGAGACCGCACGGUGGACGACCUAUCUCUUGUUUAUUUUUCCUAGAUGAUCAUAAAACAUACCAUCCUGAUGUUCAGUUUUGGCGAUUUGCAGUAACUGGAUGUGACAAUAAUACAGAAUUAAAAAUCUGGUCUUGUGAGUUAUGGUCCUGUCUACAAACCAUCAAAUUUGCUCCUACACCUUCUACUGGUAAACUGCCAGUACUGAAAGCAGGCUUAGAUCUUAGCGCUGGCUAUCUUUUAUUAUCAGAUAUAUACAAUAAAGUUCUUUAUAUAUUGAGUCUAACAAGAGACAGUAGAAAAACGUUAGCAUCUGUAAGUACAAUAUCAGAGUUCCUCCUUCCGUAUCCGAUAUUGAGUUUUGGAAUUGUCGACGCUGGUUUGCGUAAAAUACGUCCCACCGGCGAAUCAUUGGAAGAUUUAUGUCCUGGUGAAGAAGAAACGGAAGAACAACUUGUUAUCCGGAUGUACCUAGUCCAACCAAAGUCAUUACAAGAGUGUCAUAUUGCUUUUAAACCUGCCUCACAAGUGAGUGGUAACUGCCUCAUGGACACACUGACUCAUGAUUCAUUGGACUAUUCUGAAGAUUUACCAGAUAUGGGAACUGUUAAUCACAAUGGAAUUUCAGGAGAAAAUUGUGAAGAAGAUCGUUCUCUAUCCGCUACUAUCGAAGCAGCAACGAAUCAUAAUGCUGGUUUGAAUCUGAUGACACCCGAUGCAUUUAGUUCGCCUGCUAAAAAAGAGAAUAAUGAAUUAGAUUCUCGUCCCGCUAGUCCUGAAUUGGGCAAAGUAUUGUCAGUUAGUCCUUCCCUUGCGCAAGCAGUGCAAGCGCUAAAUGCGACAGAUCCUCCGUUAGCUACAAGCGAAUUAGAGGAACAGGCCCCUGCUAGUAGCGGCAGUAGUCCAUCCAGGGAAGUAAGAGAAAUUCUGUCGCUUACGAAACCAGACGAAGAACCUGAAACCGAAAAUAAACCAGAAGCUACCAAUGAAGCUGAUGAAGAUUGGCCUAAUAUUCCAAUGGUUUUAUUAAAAGAUGUGAGCAGGCAUGCGAUGCAAGAGACUGAUGGAUUCACAAAUGAAGAGGAGAAAAGGAAAAAAUUAAAAGACGAAUCGAAACCGACGACGCAUACGACAGGGAAUGCUGAAAAUACCUGGCAGACAACAAAUGACUUGAAUACGCUUGAACAAUUAAAUAAAUUAGAAUCCAUUUUAGAAACGAUUCAAGAUCAGCGGCAAGAAUUAAGAGAAUUACGUGCAGAAGUAACCAGAUUAAGCCAGGAGACACCAAUUUUGACGCGAGUAGAAUCUGCUUUAGCAAGAGCUUCUCAACAACUAAAUGCAACGUUAGAACAAACAUUGUAUGGUCAAAUGGCCCGACAGCACGAGUUCCUUGAUACGCUUGAAGCAACCAUCAAAGAUAAAAUUGAAACCACUUUACCGCGUGUCGUCGAAAAUACAGUAGAACCAUUAAAACAUCAACUUAGAUUAGACUCUGCUCGAAUGGAUGAACUUUUGAAAGAAAAUUUAACUGAACUGAUCAACAGUGCUCAGGUAAAAGACACACUCGCUUUGACAGCUGCGAAUGCAGCGAAGCCAGCAUUAGAUGCAGCGUUUAAGGAAGCCUUUACGAACGUUCUUUUACCUGGCAUGGAAAAAGCGUGUCAAACGAUGUUUAAACAAGUGCAAGAUGCGUUUAUUAGGGGUACUCGUGAAUAUCUUCAAAAUGUUGAUGCGAUUGCGAAUAAACAGUAUCAACAACGAAGUGAGAAACAAAGCGAAGCAUUAUCCGCGUUAGUUCGUGAAGAGUUGCAAACAGAAAUGAACAGAGGUUUAACUGCUUUGCAUGAUGGGACGAUACGUACUAUUCGUGAUGCCAUUAGAGAUAAUUUAAAUCAACAACUUACUGAAAUUUCAAAUGCACGUUCACGUGCUACAACACCUGCUAUACCUGUACCUGCAGUCGCCGAUGCUCAGGCUCGAGUUAUGUCUUUGCUUCAAAGAGGACAGUUAAAUGCUGCCUUUCAACAAGCUUUAAGUGCUAGUGAUUUAGGUUUGGUAGUAUUAGUCUGUGAAAAAACAGAACCUGCCAGAGUAUUUCCUUCUCCUGUAGGACAAGGUCAAGGUUCAAGAUGUAUCUUACCACAACCUGUAAUUCUUUCACUUGUACAGCAAUUAUCUGCGGAUCUAGGCCACCGUACUGAACUUAAGCACAGGUGGCUUGAAGAGGCAAUAUUAAAUUUAGAUCCUACUGAUCCAGUAACACGAGAACAUAUGGGUACUAUAUUAAUAACUUUACAAAACCAAUUGGCGGCUUUUAUAGCAGCUAAUCCAAAUCACAGCUCUAUUCGACGUAUGAAAAUGUUAGCUAUGGCCGCCCGAGCACUGUUAAAUCAACAUCCUUGAUGUCAAAUGCGUAUGGAAUAGAAAGAACACAUUGAUAAAGUAACGUCAGAUUUUAUAUAUGUUUUGUUUAAAAAAAAAUGAUUUAGUCUUCAAAGAAAUAUCGACCCUAUCUACGUGUUUAAGACUGGAUGUAAUUCUCACAGAAUAUGAAAAAGUACUAUAUUUAUCAUUAGCAGUUUUACCUAAUUUAUCGAAAUUUACUCCCAUAACAUCGUUAUUAUGAACAUUUUUUAUAUUAUUUUUCCGAAGUUAAAUUCAUAUAAUAUUCUUACAUACAGAACAAAUUUUAAAAAUAGUAUUUUCACGUGUAAAUUAGUGUUUAAAGUAUACUUUCUUAAUUCUUCUAAAUGUUGACUUUGUAUUAAAGAAUCUAUUAAUAAUGCAUUUUAUGACAUAUUGUAUAAUACACAUUAAACUUUUCAUACACAUGAAGAUGGAAUAGUACUAAAAUUUUAAUUAGAUCUUCCAAUUUCAAUUUGUAAGCUUUAACGACUCCCUUAAGAGAGAAAAUUUUUUCCUUUAAUUUUGUGUUACAGUACUACGUAUAUUUUGAAGUAUUUCUAUCCAAUGUUACUUUAUUUUACUUCUAUUUCAUGCAUAGUUUCUCCUACCCUAGUAUACCUUUAACUAUAAUGUAAUAAAGCAAGAUAUUCUAUAUUUCUUACUAUGAAAAAUAAAUACUUUAAAAUUAAUAAUAAGUUGUAUGUCGAAUUUUAUAACGUGCAUAAUUCUAAAUUGUAAGUUUUUAUGCACCUAAUUUAUUAUAUGUAUAGUACUAUGUCUGAACAUAUUUAAUUA